AUGGGAUUAACCUCCCAAAGUCAGGAGCUCCCUUUUAACGAGAAUGACUCACAAGACAUGGUCCUAUACCACAUGAUCAAUGAGGGCGGUGUCCCAAACAGCACAUAUAAUAACAAUAUGCUUCCGAGAAGCCAAAUCAUCAACACUUCAAGCAUGCUCCAGCCAGCCAGGACAGCCAUAGCAAAGAAGCACUACCGAGGGGUGAGACGUCGGCCAUGGGGCAAAUACGCGGCCGAAAUUCGUGACUCCAGACGACACGGGGCUCGUAUUUGGCUAGGCACAUUCGAAACGGCAGAGGAGGCUGCCCUGGCUUAUGAUAGGGCUGCUUUUAAUAUGCGUGGUUCUAAGGCCCUUCUUAAUUUUCCAGCUCAAGUGGUGGCUGCUACAUCAACUCAAAACUUUCAGCCCAUUUUGAGCUCGAAAAGAUUGAGUAAAGAAGCUAUGGAUUCAUGUGGUAGCUGUAGCACAAUAACAAUUGCAACAUCACAAUCUGAAUCAGAGAGUAGCACAACUGGGGAGUCCCGCCAUACGGGGUCUGGUAUCGUAGAGAAUUAA